AUGGCAUCUCCGCAAGUCCAGCACGACGGCCUGAAUGCGACGUUCACUGGAAUUGAGACGCAGUGUGACGGUACGGCAGUUCAUCAUUUCCGCGGUAUCAAGUAUGCCAGCAUCCCUGGGCGGUUUGAGCGUGCACAGCCGGUGACGGGGUUUGACGGGCGGACUGUUGAUAGUUCGCGGUUUGGGCCCCGAUGUCCCCAGGUCGAUAUAGAUGUCCGCCAUCUCCUCCGCAUCCCCGAAGAUUUCGUGAUCGAACAGGAAGCUGAGGAUGAAUUCGAGUGCUUGACUGUCGACAUCACUUGCCCUCCUGGUGCGGCAAGCAAGGACGGUCUCCCGGUCCUGGUUUGGAUUCAUGGCGGUUCACAGAUUAUGACGUUUUGCUCUGCGGCGUCCAAGAUCUGCGACCCCACGAGGCUCGUCGCUGACUCGAUUAAAUCUGGCCAGCCGUUCAUCUUUGUCUCCAUCAACUACCGGCUCAACAUUUUCAGCUUCGGAGACGGCGGGGAGACGAACUUGGCUAUCAAGGAUCAGCGAUUGGGACUUGACUGGGUGCGGAGGAACAUUGCUGGUUUUGGCGGCAACGCGGACAACAUUACUUUGGCUGGAGAGAGCGCCGGCGCUAUCUACGUCCAUGCGCACCUCAUCACCGGCCCGCCGGUAAAGAAGGCCGUUCUCGCGUCCGGAUCACUGUACCUGUCAUCCCCGUUACCCGUGGAACGAGGAAAUGCUCUCAUCAAAGCUCUUGAGGCGAAGGUACAGCAGUACGGCGAGUCCUCGCUCCGGCAAGCUACUGUUCUGUCUCUACUACGGGCAUUGAAGGAGAGCAACGUCAACACUAUGUGGAUACAGGAGGACGAUGAACUAAGGGACUGGGAGACUAGACCCGAGCACGCUGACGAGGUCAUGAUCGGUGAUACAGAGUACGAGUCCGUCAUCUGGCGCAACGGCAUCGAGACCUUCGACGGGCCAACCAUCGCCGCUGCUUUCGAGCAAAACCAAACAUACGGGCCUACACUCCGCAAGAUGUACAAUGUCGUCCCCGACCGCCCAACAGCAUGCAAACUCGGUGCCUUGGACCUCGUCAACGACGCACGCUACACUCUUCCCGUCGAACUCAUCUCGGACAAGAUGGCCGCCGCCGGGAAACGCGUUUUCAAGUACGUUGUCGACCAGGUCAACCCAUGGCAAGCGUCUGCACGAUCCCACCACGCCGUUGACCUGCUUUUCCUAUUCGGAGGCAUUGAUCUGUCCUUCAAUCCAUCUGCCGACGCGGUGGGUAAGGAUAUGAGGAGACGUUGGAUUGCAUUUGUGAAUGGGAGGAGCCCUUGGAAUCCCGAGAAGCGCUUUGCGUUCGGACCAGUAGGCGAGUGCCGGGAAAUUUCCGAGGCUGGGUUUGCGGCGAGACGGAGAGUGGCGCAUCUCCAGGCGUUGAGGGAGGCAGGAAUUGGAGUCUACUUGCCCAUUGUGUUUGCCUUGACGGCGGGGAAGAUCAGCUUGUUAAAUUAG